AUGUCGAAGUUUACCUGCAUUAUCCUCUGUGUUGUGGCUGCAAGCUUGACCAAGGUUUCUCAUGCAGCAGUUACUGAAGAAGAGAAGGAAGCCUUCCGUGAGGCGAUGGCACCUAUCAUAGCAGAGUGUUCCGAAGAACAUGGAGUGAGUGAAGCUGACAUUAAGGCCGCGAAGGAGUCAGCCAGUGCUGAUAACAUCAAACCCUGCUUCUUAGGCUGUGUGAUGAAGAAAAUUGAAGUGUUGGAUGCCAAAGGCUUGUACGACGCUGAAACUGGACUUGGUAAACUAAGAAAGUUCGUCAAGGACGAUGAUGAAUUCGCCAAAUUCGAAGAUAUAGCCAAGAAAUGCCUUAAAGUUAAUGAUGAAUCUGUAAGCGACGGUGAAGCGGGUUGUGAUAGAGCUAAGCUUGUUCUGGGUUGCUUCAUAGAGCACAAAGUUGAAGUGAGUAUAUUUUGA